AUGUGUGCGCAUUUCUGCAGUAUCGGAGGAGAUCAGACCUUGGACACUGUCACCACACUACCAAACAUCCUGAAAAAAUUCAACCCUUCCCUCCAGGGAUUCUCUAAGGGUCAGGGCUUUCUGCAGAAUAACGGCUUUAACAUGGCGGUGCCUGGAGCCAUGGCCUUUGACAUCGCAGCCCAAGUCCAAGCUCUCAUCAAGGCCAUGAAAGAUGACAAGAAGGUGAAUUUUGAACAGGAUUGGAAGCUAGUGACCUUAUUAGUUGGUGCCAGGGAUCUGUGUGAUUAUUGCAUGGACCAUAACAACCUUACACCCAAGAACUACAGUGAGAAUCUGAUGCUGAGCCUGGACAUGCUGUACAAAGAGGUACCGAGGGUAAUGGUCAAUGUUAUCGAGGUUCUGGAAAUUAAUCCGUUGAGGAGUGUCAGGAAGAACGAUCUGGUCUGCAACCUCAUACAGAGGAAUUCUUGCCCCUGCUUUUUGAACCCUGAAGAGAAUUCUCCUGAGCUUACAGAGGUUAGGCGGAUCAACCAGCAGUACCAGAUGGAGACUGAGAGACUGGUCUCUGGGGGGCGCUAUGAUGGGCGAGAGGACUUCACUGUAGUCGUUCAACCCUACUUACGACACGCAUUUGUCCCUCUCAUUGGGAUUGGGAAGCCUGACCUGAGUUUCUUCUCAGUGGACUGUUUCCACAUCAGUGAGCGAGCACACGCUGAGAUGGCCAUUGCGCUCUGGAACAACAUGGUAAGGACAGCCACAUAA